ACAAAAAUAAAAUAUAUAGAGAAAAUUAAAAGUUAGUUAAGAUUCCGAAUUUCUCGCGCCAAAAUCUUAUGUUAGAAAGAGAAAACAACUCAAGAAGAAAGGAAAUUAGCUUUAUGGGGUAAGAGAGAGAAAGAGAAGAAAAACACCCUCAAAGUUUUUCUCUCUAUCUCUCUCUUCCAUUCUCCAUUAUUUUGGUUUUCUCUCUCCUCAAAAGAAGAGAAAUUGCUACAAUCUGUUUUCUGUUCUCAGAGGCAUUUCAACAAACAGUUGGUGGGCAUGUCUAUAUCGGAAGAUUUAGCGCCGCUGCCCAUCAACUGUACUGCGGUGGCUAUUGAUAAGGAUAAGCAUAGCCAAUACGCGGUUAAAUGGGCAAUUGAUCAUCUUUUGUCUGGCAAUCAUUUCCUCAUUUUGAUCCAUGUUAAGCAGAGAAAUCAUGGUGGUGGGUUAUUUGAGGUAGGCACAGGGGGAAUUGAAUCUGAUCCAACGCAUAUUUUCAUUCCUUAUCGUGGAUUUUGUGCUCGUAAAUCGGUUCAAGUGCGAGAGGUUGUUCUUGAAGAUGCUGACAUAGCUAGGGCUAUCCUGGACUAUGUGAACUGCAACUUCAUCACUAACAUUGUUAUUGGUGCAUCUUCAAGAAAUGUUGUUGCAAAAACAUUUAAAAAGCCUGAUGUGCCAAGCUAUGUGACCAAAUGUGCACCAGAUUUCUGUUCUGUGUAUGUCAUUGCAAAGUCAAAAGUUCUGAGUGUCCGAUCAGCACAGCGUCCUGUUGCAAAUACUCCCACUCCUCCAAAGCUUCCAUCUCUUGGAUUGCCACAUCAAUUUUCAUUGGAACAGGCACUUGCUGACGACUUCAGCUUAAGAUCACCUUCUUACCGAGGAUCACUUAACUCCAAUGGUUCUGAUAGAAAAUCUUGGGAUAGAAGCAAUGAAGGCGGCAGGGCUGGACGACGGGCGUCUGUGUUGGGAAGUGCUUGGAAGGGGUCAUCAUCAAUGGAAAAUAUUGACAUUAAUGUUGGAACAUCCAACCACCGCAAUUCCUUAUCUGAUGAUGCUGAUAAUAUUGACCACUCAUUCCAUAAUAUGCUUGAAGUGCCUGCCAAGGACUCAGACUUUUCGUUUGUUGGCGGUCCUCCAAGAAAGGAUCACACUCACUCACCAAAUGAUCUAGAGGCAGAAAUGAGACGAUUAAGGCUUGAGUUAAAACAAACAAUGGAUAUGUACAGCUCAGCUUGCAAAGAAGCAAUCACUGCAAAGCAGAAGGCUAAAGAGCUUAAUGAUUGGAAGAUGGAGGAAAUUCGAAAAUUUGAGCAAACACGUAGUUCUAAAGAGUCUGCUCAUGCAGUUGUUGAGAUGGAGAAGGCUAAGUGUAGAGCUGCUAUAGAAGCUGCUGAAGCGGCACAGAGGUUAGCUGAGAAAGAAGCACAGAAAAGAAAGCUUGCAGAAAAUAAGGCCAAGCAAGAAGCAGAUGAGAAAAAUAAGGCAUUAAAUGCAUUGGCUCAUAAUGAUGUUAGGUACAGAAAAUACACCAUUGAUGAGAUAGGAAUCGCAACUGAUAACUUUUCUCCACAAAAUAAAGUCGGUGAAGGUGGGUAUGGACCCGUUUAUCAAGGUAGACUGGAUCAUACUCCUGUUGCCAUUAAAGUAUUAAGACCAGAUGCUGCACAAGGAAGGAAGCAGUUCCAACAGGAGGUUGAGGUACUAAGCUGCAUGCGACAUCCCCAUAUGGUUCUUCUCCUAGGAGCAUGCCCUGAGUAUGGUUGCUUGGUUUAUGAAUACAUGAACAAUGGAAGCCUGGAGGACAGGCUCCUCCGAAAAGGUGGGACCGUUCCUAUUUCCUGGAGAAUCCGAUUCAAAAUAGCAGCUGAGAUUGCAAUUGCCCUUACAUUUCUCCACCAGGCGAAACCAGAACCCCUUGUGCAUCGUGAUCUAAAGCCAGCAAAUAUCCUCUUAGACAAAAAUUAUGUGAGCAAAAUCAGUGAUGUUGGUCUAGCAAGAUUGGUUCCGCCUUCUGUGGCAAAUAGUGUCACACAAUAUCACAUGACUUCUGCUGCAGGAACUUUCUGUUACAUUGAUCCUGAGUAUCAACAGACAGGAAUGUUGACCACCAAAUCUGAUGUAUAUUCUUUGGGCAUUAUGUUGCUUCAGAUAAUUACCGCAAAACCUGCAAUGGGUCUCAGUCACCAUGUUCAACGAGCCAUCGAUACUGGAACCCUUGCUGAUAUGCUGGACCCAAAUGUGACUGACUGGCCGAUUGAUGAAGCUAUCUCAUUUGCAAAAUUGGCCUUAAAAUGUUCUGAACUUAGGAAACGGGACCGCCCAGAUCUUGCUACUGUUGUAUUGCCAGAACUCAUUCGACUGAAAGAUUUUGGGAUGACUGAAGACCCAAACAAUUUCUACGCUUACAAGCCAAGAAUUCACAACUCAGUUCCACGCCCAAGAUCAACAGGCAGGAGUGGCAAAAUCCCGUCGUCAAGUUCACAUCAUCGAUCAUCAAAUUCUAGCCAGGGGUCAUCACAGACCUUGUCUUGGACGCCAUCACAGGGCUCAGAUGAAACUUCUCUAGAAAGCGUAUAAAAGCAGGCCACUUCGGCCUGGUUUCAAACUGGUGAAAUCAUUAUAUCAAUUAUCUUUACAAGAUGAACAUUGAUAUUAUAUUUAUCAUGUUUCUUUUGAAGAUGUAGAUCCUGUAAAUGAAAUACAAAGCAUUAUGUACAUGGGGUUCUUCUUGUAAAGUACCAUGCUUCUGAAGUGAAGGAGAAUGAAUAGUUUUUUGUUUCAUUUUCUGCAUAAAAUCCUGCUCAUCUUUGCUUUCGAUCUUUCAUAGGAUGUGUUCAACUUCAACUCUAUUGAGCUUUAACAAAAUAUUUAUAAGACAUCAGGAACAGCAUGAUCAUAAUUAUCGAAGGGUGGCGGUGGGAAUGGGAGUGGGAGUGGGAGGAAGGGGGCUUAGAGCCUUUUGCUCUUGUGUAAACUAUGUAAUUAGCAAUGAACACAAUUGUUUUCUUCAGAUGAUUUAAUUUAAUUUCUUCCAGCAUUUUGGUGUCCAUAAACCAGUCAGGGGAAAAAAUUGCAGUUUUGGUUCUGUUAUUGGCUAAAGAAUUUACUCCCAAUUUCUUGAAAUUAAUAGUCACCUAUACUAACUUAAGAUGCUAAGAGAAGUGUCACAUUUUCUGAUGUAAUAUCGGUUAAUGAUUGGAAAUCUUUCUAGUUUUUUGUCUUUUGUUUCUGCUACAAUUAUAAUGAAGUGCAGUGAUUCAUAAAUAAUAAAAAUAACACAACUAGGAUUAUUAUUAUA